AUGAAAAACUGUUUCGAUCGCAGAAAACCCGAAAAAUCAGAAGCGAAAGAGACGCUGGAACAGGUCCAGCAUGAAAAAAAAGAGAUAAGCACUGUCUGUCCUCCAUGUCCAUACGUGCCUGCCACUGCUACUAUCCUGGACUCACUUCAGAAAAUCAGAAAGCGCGUCAACAGCCUACCCUCCACAGACCGGCUCCUUCUUGGCGCGCUGGAGGUCGUAAACGCGAGUCUCCAAGACCGCCGCAAAAAAUUUUCUCCAAGCCUCAGUCCCGAAACUGCCUGCAUUCCAGGUCUUCUGUUCACCCUGAAGGAAAUCCGAUCAGCCCUGAAGUGCCUAAAGCGCAGGGAAGCGAAAUGUCAAAGAAAAUGCAAAAACCUGGAAAAAGAAAAGAAGAAGAAGAAGCAGGAAUGUGCGAAGAGAAAGAAACGGCGGAGAAAGGAGUGUCCCUGUCAGCGUCGGCCAUGCAAGCCAAAUGAUAAAACGCAAAGGCAGAAGAAGUGCAAGGCAUGCGAAGAAGAGGAAAAAGACUGUUCUUCGGAAAAGAAUUCUGAUUGCGGUGAAGCCUGCCGGAGUUUGAUCCAUUUCCUCGAGUCCCUAGAAAAGACCGCCGAGGCGCUUGACUGGCUGGAGGAGGAGGGAGAGAAGGAGAAGGACCUUUGUGAUGUUUUGCCACAGAGCGACCCUAUGGAAUGCGCCCCCUAUUGGUUUCCACCUGAAUAUCUUGUCUCUCCGUCUCCGAAUGCAGUCCCGGCCAACUUUCAAAUUCUCUCUGGCCCUCCUCCUCCUACUCCUGGUCCUGUUUCACCUUUGACUUUCCCUCUCCUUACUCAUUCUUCCCCUUCACUCGCGGCAUUUUCACAGCCUCCGCCUCAUUUGUCUGCCCAGGCGACGACGACCUUCCAACAAAAUACUCCAUCACCCCUUCUUCCGCCUCCCAGCUCCUCAGGCGCGAAUUCGGUGGCUCCUCUCCAGCCUCCGGGUUCGCAGGGCCCACCUCCAACCGCAGACGCCACACAUCCACAGAUGGACCCGGAGGCGGCGUCCGUAAUUUCUUCAGCAUCACCAUCACUGCAGGUGCCACCGCCGCCGCCGCCGCCGCCACUACCAUCAGCAGCACCACAACAACAGGUUCCUCUUCCGGUCUAUUCGCCCCAGCAAGGCUCUCCAGGACAAUUUUCAACCCCAAUCAACCAGGCAGCCUCUGCUGUCUAUCAGGAACCGAUUUGGGCCUCGUUUCAACAGCGCCCACCACCCUCGUUUCACCUUCCACCUCGAGCACCACCACCACCACCACAACCAUCAUUUCCUCCGGCAUACGGACGUCCUCCGUUCACCUUUCCUAGUGUUCCUCCUGGGUACAGAAGACCGCCUGGCCUCCUGUUCCCCCCCUGGUCCCCCUGGGGACCAUUCCGACCCGGUUGGCCUGGUCCUCGGGUAGGGGGCACUGAUGGCAACUCGAAAGCAUUUACGAUAACGCUGGUGCAUAAGAGAGAUGGUGAAGAUCAACCGGACGACUGUUCUGAAAUGGAAAAAUCGGUCUACUGUGUGGAGGUGGAGGAGGUACAGCCGAGGCCUCAGCCGCGUUCUGUUAAAUUUAUAAUGCCCAAGACUUCAUGCCUGUGA